GCAGGUGAGUGUGUGUGGGGAGACUCAGGUGAAGGGAAUGAGGUCAUCAGCAGUUUGUGAGAGGGACUGGAUCUGAAAUACAGAAGAGACAUGAGUUAGAGGAAUGUGAGUUAAUGCUCAGAUAGACAGGACCCUGCUGUGAUUUAUUAGCACUCUACAAACACAUGGAACCAGAGUCAUGCUUGUCUGGAAGCUGUUAAAUGCUGCACAAUCCUGCACCUCAUCCACCUCCCUGCAGCGUUUCAACAGCAACACAAGUGGCUGUAAAACAUUUGUUUUCACUGAGAUAAGAUUUCCUCAUUGGACUCUGGUGAAACACAACAGUCUGGUCAGGACACAGAGCUGGGAGGAGCUUUUUGUGGUGCUGCAUCAAAACAAUCAUUCUGGUGGAUAUAAAGUGUCACAUGCACAAUGGAGACGAGAGGGGUUUGGCUGAUGUUUUGCCUUCUGCUGCUGGCACAGUGCACACUCCAGCAGAACAGCUCCAACAGAAGAAAUGGCAAGAAAGAGUCUGCAAACAGCGCAGCAAUCGAGGAGCUGAAGAAACAGAUAGGUGACAUAAUGCAGGAGCUGAAUGUGUUGAAAGAGCAGCAGGCUCUACAAACAGUUUGUCUGAAAGGGACAAAGAUCUUGGGUAAGUGUUUCCUGGCCGACCCGGUGAAGAAGACCUUCCACGCUGCCAGCGACGACUGCAUCGCCAAAGGAGGCAGCCUGGGCACCCCUCUGACAGGGGACGAGAACGAUGAGCUCUACAGCUACGUACGGCAGAGCAUCGGCCCCGAGGAGCACAUCUGGCUGGGCAUCAACGACAUGGUGACCGACGGCCAGUGGUUGGACCAGUCUGGGUCCAGUGUGCGGUUCAAGAACUGGGAGACGGAGAUCACCCUGCAGCCGGAUGGAGGGCGCAGUCAGAACUGUGCCAUCCUCUCCACCACAGCCAAUGGGAAGUGGUUUGAUGAGAGCUGCAGGGCCGAGAAGGCCUCGGUCUGUGAGUUCAACAUCGUCUGAGGCCUUAAAUGGACAGUUCACCCAAAUAUGUGUCAUCCAAGUGUUCGUUGUUGUGUUUCUGUUGUUUUGUCACGUUUAAAAAAUCGGUCACCACUUACUUCAAUUCUAUUGGAUUUGGCUGCAACACUGAAACACCCCUGAAACUCCAGAAGUGUUUUGUGGACUCAAACACUUCACCCACCCCUCCGUCUGCAUUAUGGUGAGUAGAUAAUGAGUGAAUUUUCAUUUUUGGGUGAACUAUCCCUUUAACAUGAGUCUUUGCAGAUAAACUCUCAUGUGAACAAUAAGUGCCUUAAUGAAUGCAGCAUGUAGAGCUUCAUUACACAAUACACAGAAAAAAGAAUGCUAGUUCUUUCCUGCAUUUUCUUGACCCAAGCCAUUCAGAUGUCAUUUGACUUCACACAGUGGUUUCACAAACACUAUGUCACUGUAUAAGCUAAACUCACUGACACAUGAUAUUUCCCAUGCAUUCAGCCACAUCCUGGUUUUAAAUAAUUUCAGAAUUUAUCAGAUAUUAAUCGAGGUAAACUCCACUGGAUGGCUUCACUUUGUUAUAUAUUAA